CAGGCCCUACGAGGAUAGGCUAUCCUGUAGUAGUAGUGUGUAUUAUCCUUGGUCGCGGUAGACAAUUAAUUGUCAAAAAUAGUCAAAAUUCACAGCUGCUCUCCUACGCCUUUCGUUUAUUUUUCUUUCCUUUUCGCUUUAGGGCAUAAGCAGUAAGCAGAAGGAAAAGGAACAAACAAUCCCAAAUUGAAAAGUUCAUGCAUGCAUGAUCAUCAAUUUUUUUUUAUUUUUGGGCUAUCAAAGGAAAAAAAAAGGAAUUUGAAAAAUAUUUGCCACAAUAAUCAUAUUAUUAAGAAAAUCAAGGCCAUAUAGGCACAUAGCAAAUGGAAGAAGCUACUACUACUCCUAGGGCUGAGGGCCCGCCAGAAGAUGCAAUAAAAAUUUACGGAUGUGCACACUAUAAAAGGAAAUCAAAAUUUGUUACGCCCUGCUGCCAGAAAGUAUACACUUGUCGCUUCUGCCAUGACGAAAAAGAAAAUCAUUCGAUGAACAGAAAAGAAGUAACGGAGCUUAUUUGCACCAUUUGCGAAGCCAGACAACCAGUACAGGCAGCUUGUAGAAAUUGUGGGGUGAAAUUUGGAAAGUAUGUUUGUCUAGAAUGCAAUUUAUUUGAUGAUGAAGAAAAAAACCAGUUCCACUGCCAAGGUUGCGGCAUUUGCCGGAUUGGCGGCGCUGAUAAGUUUUUCCAUUGCAAAAAAUGUAACAUGUGUUUGCCAGUGCUACUGAAGAACGGUCAUAAAUGCGUCGAAAACGUGUCUCGAGCCAACUGCCCGGUAUGCCUAGAAGACAUUCACACGUCGAGAAUACCCUGUCACAUACCCAUGUGCGGUCAUUUACUGCAUCGGACGUGUUUUGAGCAGCUUCUAGAAGCUGGCCAUUACGCUUGCCCUAUUUGUCAGACUUCUUUGAUGGAUAUGACGCAACUUUGGAAAUAUUUAGAUCAACAGGUGGCUAACACUCCCAUGCCGCAAGAGUAUAAGGAUUAUAUUGUUAACAUUUUGUGCAAAGAUUGUCAUAAGGAAUGCACGGUUCCUUUUCAUGUAGUGGGCUUCAAAUGUUGUCAUUGCGGCUCUUAUAAUACUUGUCGGAUCAAGGGUCCAAAUCCAAGAGGAGUUUUAGGUAUGGUCCCUAGAGGAGAAGGUAGCAAUUCGGGCAACAACAACAACCAACCUGAACAACAAGAAAGUCCGCCUGAACCAACUAACGAGCCUCCUUCCCAGUAACAUUUAGUAACUUUAUCCAUAGUUACAUUUUUAUUUUGCUCGCUUGUGAUUUUUUUAUUGCUCAUGUGUUUCAAGCCUUUUGAAAGUUUGAUUAAAUUUUAACAUAAAAUUACUGCCAAAAAAAAAACAGUAGUUUUUUCCUUUGUGCUGGUACAUAAGAGGUUUAGUAAACUAUUUUUGGAAGACAUUUAAUAAAAUGAAUCAUAAGUUGGUGAAAAUUUAAUAUUAUAAUAAACGUUUUCCUAUGUAAGGCAGCUGUGGAGCUGUGUUUCUCGAACUGAUAAAUAAUUUGUUGUGCCAAAGGAAUGUUAUUAAAUUGUACAAAGUAUUCCUAAUAUUCUGGGUUAACAAUACCUAUUUCAUGCUUUACCUAUUUGUACAAUUUUAUUGUUAUGUAGUUGUGUACCUUUGAUGUCUUAUCAUAAUAGUUAGCCAGGAUCCCUCAAUGAUUGCCAAAAAGAUAUUCAACCGUCAAAUCUCUACUUACAUUUUUCUAUUAUUAAGAUACUCAUGUCAAAGCUUUUAAAACUUUAUGAAUGUGCAAAUAGUUACAUUCAAUUUAUCUUUGAUGGAUCAUCUUUUAUCAUUGGAUAACUGAUGCAUUUUCUUCACUCUUCUAUGAAAAAUGGAAGAAACAUUAUUUCGAAAAACCAGCUAAAAAAAAAUACUUUAACUUUUUACACAUGUAAUAAUCCCAUGAAUUGCAUUUUAAACUAAUCAUAAUUAAACAUUCUCUGGUGAGUGGUGACUGCCAUGAAUUAAAUCAAACUUUUAUUUAUAUACAAACAGUUUUUAUUAUUUUUUAAUUGCAAUAAUCUGUGUAUAUUUUGUAGAAAUAGAUUAUUUCAUAUAUAGGUUGUGAUUUUUUUGAAACCAUCCAUAGUCCAUUCUUGCUGGGAUCUUUUCUGCAAAAUGUAUUCCAGCACUCCGUGUGUUUUGAGUUGCUAAUUAUCAGUAAAUAUUAAUUUUCACAUUUUUCAUAAAAAAACAGAUCUUAGAUGUAGUAUUUUCCACUAAUAAAGCCAAAAAGUUACCAUCUUUAAAAAAUUAAUUUAUUGUUUAUAAAACAAAAUCAAUGAAAAAUCUACAAUACAAUUCCUUAAAUCUAACAAAUAAAUAAUAUGUCUUGUUAAGUUAAAAUAUCAAUGGGUUGCUCUUUAAUAGGCACCUUAGUAGCGGCCAAAUAGGGGUUAUCUAUAUGGAUCUGAGCAUUUUCCUCGCUCUUUACUGAAUCAUUUAGAUUACCCUCGCUAUCCAUUGGCUCGUCAUCUUCAUCUUUUUUAUUCUGAGCCUCUUUGUGUUCUUUUUGUUGUUGCAAAAUUUGACUUUUGGGAUCAAAAUCUAAGUCUUCUGGGUCAAAAAUUUGAUCCUGGGGCAGAAGAGCACUUAGGUAUGGUGGAUAAGGGGGUUUCAUUGCAAUCACUACAAAAUAAUUGUCAUUAUGU